AUGAAGACCGUGAUCGUGAAGAACGUUUGCAUCGUGCUGCUGGUGAUCGUGUCAUUGUGUGGCCGGGUUUACACGGUCCAGCGUUCCAGCGAUGGCGGUGAUGAGGGCAGCCCGUUCCUCGAUAUGGCGACCGAGUUCCUGUCGACGCUCGGUAAUCAGCAGCAGGGUGGUGGUGGUGGUGGUGGUGGCGGUGGAGCAGCCGCUGGUCUUACAGGGAUAGCCUCGAUGUUGCUUCCACUGAUGGCCAAUGCGAAUGGUGGCGGUUCCGGUGGUAAAGCGAACAACGAUGGAAUGGGAGCGAUACUGUCGGGUCUCGGUUCGAUGUUGGCCGCUGGCGCUGGUGGUGGUGGUGCAGGUAGCGGUGGUGCAGGAUUCGAUCCGGCACUUAUCGGCAAUGUGCUACAAAUGUUUGCCGGAGCUGCCAGUGCCGGUGGUGGUGGUGGUGAUGAGGCAGACGAACCUAUCGUGCGUCGCCAGCAGCAGCAGCAACAGCAAAGCGGAGGCAAGAGGCAGAAGCGUAAAGUGGCGGCUGCGGCCCCGGAACAAUCGAACCCACUGAUGGACACGAUGCUAUCGAUGGCUUCCAGUUGGUUGGCAAAUUACAACAAUGCCGAUCAUGACCAGGGCAGCCAGAAUGGUGGUGGUGGUGGCGGUGCCGAUGCACUGCUCAAUCUGUUGCCACUGGCCGUCCAGGCAUUCCAAUCGUUCAGUGGCCCCGAAAUGGAGCGGGCACAGGAGCGCCAUAAGGACCACUCGUGGGUAUUGCCACCGUUCCUCGAGAAUCUGCACGUCAUGUGGGAUCAGUUCACGCAGUCCGAGCUGGCCGGCGCUCUCUGGACGAAGCUGGGACUAAAUACGGUGUUCAAAGGGUUCGUCGGACGGGACGGGAAGCUGACGUACGAUAAGCUGUUCGAAUCGCUCCAGAAUCAAUCGUUCCGUCGACGGUGGAUUAAGGCGGCCACCAUCUAUCUCGCCGAAUGGGCCACGUACAUCGCCAAUCCGGAGGUGUAUCAAAAGUAUGUCGCCACCGGACAGAUGAUGGCUAACGGGUUCCUGCAAUCGCAGGGCUAUCCGAAGCAAACGUUCCUCGAUAUUGGCCGGCCGAGCGAAACGAUCUCGAACCUGAUCGAUCACAUUGCCAAGAAGCAUCUGGCGGUGAAGAUCUCGUCGAUCCAGUACGUGAAACCGGCGGUAAACUACGUCAAGGAUCUGCUGAAGCUGGGCAAAGCGAAGCAAUUCCUGCAGCAGGUCAACGUAACGGAGAUGACGGAUAAGUUGACCGAUACGCUGAACCUCGAGGUGAUCGAACCGGUCCUGAAGGUGCACCGUGCGUACCGGCAAGCGAUCGCUAAUCCGCACUGCGAUAAGUACAUCCUGUGUGAGGUCAAUUCGCACGAUCCGAACGAAAAGCUCGGACUGGGAGGUUUCAAACGGGGUGUGACGCGUUUCGGUAGUAUGGCCGCUGCCUGGUUUGUGGCUCAGGAGACCCACACACCGUUCUGGACGCUGUUUGCCAUCAUCAACGAUCCGAACCAUUGCGACAUCAAGUAUCCGGUCGACUGCGUGGAGUAUCAUGAGAGCGAACAACGCGUUACGACCGAGUAUCCGCAUAGUGAGCUGUGAGCCCCGGUAUCCGUUGUUGGCCAUCCGAUUUUUUUCCGUUAUUGAUGCAAUGCAAGAUACACAGACACACGUACACGUACACG